GUCGCCGUUUCAUUGACUAUCGUAUUUUCCUUCCAGUUAAACCUGGAUAUAAUUCCCGUCUGAACCACAACUCUCUAGCGGCAGCGUCAACUAAACCCUCAUACUGAAAAUCACUGUUAGUUGAUCGUUGGCAGUCAUUUUUCCCUUCAUAACCAAGUGUUUGUGUCUGCUGUGAGCAUAGCGAUGGCGGCUGAACCACAGACAGUGACUGAGCAUGCUAAGAUCGAUCUGUUCGAAGAUGACGAUGAGUUUGAAGAGUUUGAAAUUAACGAAGAGUGGGAGGAUAAGGAGGAAGGGAAUGAUGUGACACAGCAAUGGGAAGAUGAUUGGGAUGAUGAUGAUGUCAAUGAUGAUUUCUCUCAACAGCUUAGGAAGGAACUGGAGAACAACACCGAGAAGAACUGAGCCGAUUUUAGUAUCUUUUGUUGUUUCAACUCCAGAUGAUGAUUUUUCCUUUUUCAUAUAUUUUGUCUCCAAAUCGUGUUUGAACUUUUAAUUCAUUGAAAUUUAGAAGCUUAUUGCAAACUGUUAGUGCGGAACAAGAAGUUAUGAUUUUGUGAAGUUGAUUCAAAUGCUUGUUAGAGUUA